GUAGGUCAAACUGCGAGGCUGUGAAGAGGGAGGUGAAGGGCAUUUGGGUUUGAUGAUAACAGCAGGGUGAAGUACCCUAAAUCUUUACCAAAAUUAUUCAAAAUGUCUAUCAUUCAGGUCACAGGCAGUGGUGGAGGUAUUGCCUCCGACAGAACAUCUUUUGUUGGCGGGAGGACGCCGCAAGACAUUGCUGACAUGGUGAAGUUGGUGAAGAAAAUGGAUAAACAAACGUUCAGGAAGCUGCUGCAAAUUGCAAUAACUGCAUUAGAAGACAAGCCAGUUACACCAGAGAUGUUCAAAGUGUUACAAAGUAAAAGUUUAUCGGAGGAGAUGCUUGCUGUCACUUAUAGUGGGUUGUAUAGUCUACUAAAAGCAGCUCUGAGAUUACCACAGUCUUCCUUAAAACAGGAGAUUUUUAAAGAAGACUUACAAGAACUGAACAUUCCAGCAGAAUUCAUUCCUGACCUUGCAAGUGUAGUAUUUGGUUCAAGGAGACCAAGGUUGGAACAAGUAAUCAUGGAAUCAAGAUCAAGAUUACCAAAGUUGGAAAACUUUAAAUGGAGAGUUGAUGUAGCAAUUUCAACAAGUGUGCUGAAUAGAGCCUUAGAACCAACUAUUACUAUGGAGAUGACUCUAAGUGAUGGAAAAAUACAGACAUUUGAGGUACCCGUCUCCAAAUUCCACGAGCUACGCUAUAACGUAGCUUACGUACUCAAAGAAAUGGAAGAUUUGGAAAAGAGGAGUAUAUUAAAAAUACAAGACUAACAGGAACUUUUAUAUCAGAUUUGAGAAGGAAAAAUACCUUUGACUUGGUAUAAACAUACAUAAAACUCAAAAAGACGUUAAAGAAUAUGAUUGUCAUCGACUUAUUACCGAUAAAUCACAGAGAAAAACUGGGGACUUAAAUCAUGAAUCUACUCACAAUGACAGAAUAUGAAUAAAUGGUGCAAUGACUUGUUUAGUUUUA